AGAGUGUUGUUAGGGUUUUUUUUUUUUUUGGUUAAAAAUAAAUAUAGUAUAUAUACAAAAAACAUGAGUUUUUAAGCAAUUAUUAAAUUAAUUUCAAUUUCAUUCGCGUGCAACAGACUUAUCCGAAAUGCCAUCAAAUUGUGUGUUCGAGUUCGAUCGUCCUACGCCAGUUUACUACAGUGGCGAGACCAUUAAUGGACGCGUUGUACUAAACACUACAAGCAGCAAAUCGGUUAAUGAAGUUUAUAUACUCUUUGAGGGCGAGGCCAAAGUACGAUGGGAUGAGCAGAGAUCCCGCACACGUAAUGGUAAAACGGAAUCCUAUACAGAGCAUUUUCGUGGGACUGAAACUUAUUUGAAUACCCGAACCGCAGUCUUUGGUGAGGGCGAUCUGCCAGCGGGUACUCAUAGUUACACAUUUUGCAUACCUUUGCCCUUGGAAUGUCGCACAUCGUGUGUGGAAAAGUAUGGAAAGAUCAGUUACGAGAUAACAUUGGUGGUAGAUCGAUCAUGGCGUUUCAAUAAUGUAUUCAAGCAGCCACUGACUGUACUUCAGACCUACAAUCUGAAUAUGUAUCCCGAGAUGUUGAUACCACUGAAAAAUGAGGAUAUUAAGUACUUUUGCUGCUGGCCUUGUUCUUCGGGUCCAGUGAUAUCCACACUUACCAUACCUUUUGGUGGCUACGCGCCUGGCCAGAGAAUUCAUUUUACCCUAGAAAUAGAUAAUCAAUCUCAUGGAUACGAUUUGGAUGGCAUUGAAUUGAAGCUUAAACAAAUUUACAAAUUUGUAGCCAGUUCGCCGCAUUAUAAGGCCAGGGAGCAUGAUAACACACUUACUACUGAUGGACAAAACGAAAGGGUAUUGCGUCUAUCAAAACGCAUUAUCAAUGGAACCUUAGUCAUUCCACCUGUACCCCCAUCAUCCAGGCAUGAGGGCAUCAUUACCGUUCGAUACGUGAUUGUGAUGUACAUCAAGACAGGAGGUUGUCAUACUAAUUCGGAGAUUAGAGUGCCGAUAGUAAUUGGCACUAUUCCAUUAGCACAAAGUGCCGAAAAUCCGGAACAUGCUGCUGCUUGGAUACCAGAGACACCAGAUACACCCGCUGGAGCUGCUGCAGAUCUUCCUCCUAGCUAUGACAAUUGCAAACCUCCCUCAUUUGAGCAAGCCACUCACAUUGGGGAAAAAUUCGUGGACACGGAUGUGGACGAACAUAAUCGAACCGACGACUUUAUACCCAAAUAUCCAAUGUAUACAAAUUUCGCCAUGCCUUCAGCUCCACCAGCGCCAGAUGCACCGCCUUAUCCAGCAUUGACUUUACCCAGUGCACCGACUGAAGACAACAUAGAGAAUGGACCAGAUGGACGACAGAUCCAAACCUACGGCUGGAAUUCUAGCACUUGAAUUGAAAUACCUCACCGAAAAGUCGAAUCUCAGGCAUUCGUAUAUUAUAUGUAUUUGAUAAUGCUUUAUUGAUAAUGUAGGUAUUUUUGUUUAAAAAAACCACAAUCCAUCAUUCAGACUAUUUUUAUACUACUUGAUACAAACCAAAUCAAAUCGUCAAAAUUAACAGAUAUUUUUAUGGUUUUUUAUGGAAAGUUACAUUAGUUUUUUAUGAUUGUGGUACAAAAAUAACGACAACAAAUAUAAAGAGUUUAAAUCAAAAUUAUAAUAUUUAUAAUUUUAUUUUUAUACCAUGCAGCCAUAGGGUGAAAUGGUAUAUUAAAGUCUCGUCUCUACGUAUGUAUAUGCUACUUAAUGUUUAUCAAAUGUUAUUAUAAUACUUUUCUAUCAUCAGAACUUGCAACUUUUUUUUCUUGAGUUACUCUUUCAUUGCCCGUUUUUAGAAUAUUAAAUAAAUGAAUAACAAUAUUAAAAUUGAAA